AUGGAUAGACAAGGAACCGAGGGCCCUCCGCCACUACCCAGUCAACUUUUGUCGCCCGGUGCGCAACAACCCGCUCUUCCAGCUUAUUGCGAGAUGUUGGGUGACUUUCUCCAAAAGGCGCCGUUUCAAACCAAUACCUCCAGAUCCCUCAACGUCCCGCCUGAGCGGCUGUCUGUUGACAGGACCUCAAAUAACCGGCCUCAGCCUCCUGGUGGUAUCGAACUCGACGGCCGAGACAAUAUCUCGGAUUCUGGGGCUACGACAGAACCGUUGGCCCAUGAUGAAUUGGAGAAUCUUCCCUAUUGGUAUGAGGCGCAGCAGGUUGAAAAGAGCCUUAGGAUUUGUCAUGUCGGAGAUAAAGUAUGGCGAAAUAAUAAAUAUGUUCACCGUGUGCUUUAUGAGAAGGAAACAUAUCUCCCAGACCAUUGGCUCCCUGAAAAUGCGAGGCUCCAGCUGCGGAAGGAGGAGCAAAAACAAAGACGGAAGGGGGAGAAACAAAAGAAAAGGAAGGAGAAGAAACAACAAAGGAAGGAGGAGAUGCAACAAAAGAGACAUCUGAGGACAUUACGUCCUCAACCAUCAACACGCAAUUAA